UGCAUGAAAUGAGCAUAACUAGGAAGUGGUCCAGGCAGAAGAUUUCACCAUGGUCUGUUAAAAUUGACUGUAGCUAGGAUGUAUGCAGUAAUGCUCUUGGUGCUUGUGUUUGCGACCUUGUCGGCACCUCAGAUUACUUAUGCCGGACAAGCGACUAAAAUCCAGGCCUUCGUCGUACCUCAUAGUCAUAUGGAUGUGGGCUGGGUGUACACAGUGAAGGAGAGCAUGCAUGCCUAUGCUGCUAAUGUUUACACAACUGUAACAGAAGAAUUAACUAAUGGACCUCAUCGGAAAUUCAUUGCUGUGGAGCAGGAGUUCUUCAGAUUAUGGUGGGACACGGUUGCCACUGACGUGCAGAAACUGCAAGUACGUCAGUUACUUGAAGAGGAGAGACUGGAAUUUAUAAUUGGCGGUCAAGUGAUGCACGAUGAAGCAGUAACCACAGUGGAAGAUCAGAUUUUGCAACUUACAGAGGGUCAUGGCUUUCUGUAUGAGACAUUUGGGAUAAGGCCUCAGUAUUCCUGGCAUGUGGAUCCGUUUGGAGCAUCUGCUGCUACUCCUGUCAUUUUUUCACUUGCUGGUUUUAACGCUCAUGUUAUUUCUCGGAUAGACUACGAUCUCAAAGAAGAAAUGCAAAAAAAUAAGACACUACAGUUUGUAUGGAGAGGUUCAUCAUCUUUAGGUAAACAUCAAGAAAUGUUUACACAUACAAUGGACCAGUUUAGCUACUGCACGCCAUCUUACUUGCCCUUCUCGAACAGAUCAGGUUUUUAUUUUAAUGGAGUGGCCAUGUUUCCUGAUCCACCAAAGGAUGGUAUUUAUCCCAAUAUGAGUCUGCCUGUCACUGAAAAAAACAUUUAUUUAUAUGCCAAGACUAUGGUUAACAAUAUUAAACAAAGAUCUGCAUGGUUUAGAACUAGCCAUGUUCUUUGGCCUUGGGGCUGUGAUAAACAGUUUUUCAAUUCUUCAGUUCAGUUUCAAAAUAUGGACCCACUUAUAGAAUACAUUAACAAAAACUCUGAGUUUUUUGGUGUGUCUGUUCAAUAUGCUACCCUGAGUGAUUAUUUCAAUGCUAUCCACAAUUCCAGUCUCUCUUGGGAUGUACGACUUAAUGAAGAUUUUCUGCCAUAUUCCACAGAACCUUUUCAAGCAUGGACUGGAUUUUAUGCGUCUCGAAAUGUCCUGAAAGGCAUGGCUAGAAGGGCAAGUUCUCUGCUAUAUGCAGCGGAGUCUCUUUUUACUCAGUACUUGAUAAUGUAUCCAAAAGGGUCUAUUGACAAAGACUGGGCUUUAAAACAGCUGGAGAAUCUCAGAUGGGCAGUUUCUGAGGUACAACAUCAUGAUGGUAUAACAGGUACAGAGUCACCCAAAGUUUGUGAUAUGUACAUAGACCACUUAACACAAGGGAUGAUGGCCGUUAAAGAAUUAAUGGCUGCUUUGCUGAUUAUCCCAAGGAAACCUUUGAAAGCUGUCUAUCAAAGUUCUAGCAGCAAUGGUGAUCAAGAUCUUUAUCAUUAUGUGUUAGUCUAUAAUCCUUUGGCAUGGAAUAUCACAACAUUUAUCAGUAUUAUGGUGGCAUACCCAGUGGCACUGGUUUAUGAUGAGGAUGGAAAUCCUGUUCCAGCGCAGAUACAAAAGUCCAAAGAGUCAAUUGACAUGUAUGAUCUCUACAUAUUUGUGAAAUUAGUUGGACUUGGCUAUAAAAAGUACUCAGUUAAAUUUCAGUCAUCACCAUGUGUCAGACAGUUUAACUGCCUGCCAACGUAUUUAGCAGAAAGUGUACAGUUUGACAGGCAAAGUCUUAAGAAAUCAAAGAAAAGAGGUCUUAGACUGCUUCCUGUUAUGAAUGAGUGUUACACUUUGAUGUUUGACCAAGCUUCCAAUCUUCUGUACAGUAUAACAAAUAGGGAGACGGGAAAAACAUUAAAAAUCACCCAGGAUUUCCUGGAAUACCAUGCUAAUGGAGACGUGUAUCAAGGACCAAUUUCUGAUAAUUACAUAUUCACCAGUAAUGGAUCAGCAGAAUCUGUGUCAAAAGAUGUCAAAAUGGAAAUUGUUAUUGGAAAACUAGUAACAGAGAUAAGGCAGUACUUCUACAGUGAAAAAUCUGAGCAAUACAGUUAUGCCAUUUACACACGGCUCUAUAAUGUCCCUGCUGGGUAUAAUGGUGUGGGGAGUGAAGUUUGCCAUAGAAUAGAGCAAGAGUACAGAGUUGGUCCUCUGGAAUUAAACAGAGAAGCCAUUCUUCGGACUUACACUGAAAUAAAUAAUGAGAAAACAAUCUUCACUGAUAAUAAUGGAUAUCAAAUGCUUAAGAGACAGUAUAGAGCAUAUGUGAAUAAUACAAUAGCACGGAAUUAUUAUCCAAUGGUACGAACCGCUUACAUAGAAGAUGACUCCACACGGCUUGUCAUUCUAAGUGAGAGAACACAUGGAAUUUCCUCUCUUGACAAUGGACAAGUAGAGGUUAUGCUUCACAGGAGACUUUGGAACAAUCAAGAAUGGAAUAAUGGUUACAAUCUCACUCUUAAUGACACAUCAAUUAUUCACCCUGUUCUUUGGUUAAUGGUGGGUGCAAAACCAGCAAUGACAGCCUUAUAUUCUAGGAAUGCAUUAUCCUUGGAACACAGACCAAUUGUUAUGGUGCUUAAAUCUUCAGAAGUGAGUUCAGAAGAUUCUCGGACAUUUGUUAAAAGUACUCUUGAUUUGUCAGAGCCUGUCACCGUCCCUCUAAAUGUUCAUGUACAAAGUCUGAGUAUUCCAGGAUGGAGGUACAAUUCUAAUCACAAUGAACAUCUGAGAAAUAUUGUUCAAGGGAAUAUUAAUGAAGCUGAAAGAGAUUUCAACCGGGUAUUGCUCAGAAUCACUCAUUUGUAUGAACAGGAAGAAGAUCCUGUACUCUCUCAGCCUGCAGCUAUAAAUAUUCAGAAAAUGUUGAAACCUCUGGGAGUUGUGUCUUACGUUGAAGAACGCUCCCUUACAGGAACGUGGGAUGUAAAUGAACUUCAGAGAAUGAAAUGGAAAACCUCACAGAAUAAAAGCAAAGGCUUCACAAAUAGAUCAAACGUAUUUUUACAAGAUUUCACUGUAAUUAUAUACCCAAAGGAAAUAAGGACAUUUUUUGUUUAUUUUCAACAACAAACUCAGAGGUCUGAAGAAAACUCUGUAUAAUCAGUUCCAAGAAAUGAAAUGGCUGUUUUGUUACAGGUCUAUUUCUGAGGGAAUUCAUGGAUCACUGCAUACAUUCAGAUUUCUAUAUCUUUCAUUUCACUAAUAUUUUUGAAACAGUGUUAUUCAUUAAUAAUAAAAGUCAAAUAAGAAUCUUUGUAAAUACAAUUAAUUUUGUAAUAAAAUUAUGUUGAAAAGAGAAAAACAAUUACCCUGGUAUGGUACGCAUGUUCCAUGUCCAUGGAAUGUACACACAAUCAUGUGCCAUGUAGUGAGAUUUCUAAAAUAUGUGGCCUAUUUGUAGAUUUCCAAAACCGUUUUGGAGUUUCAAUUGUGAUAUUUUAUUCAUGGCAUCUUGACUUUCCUUUAUGAAUUAAUUGAUCAUACAUAGGGCCUAGUACAGUAUUUGCUUUCCAGGUUUUAAGGAGGUUUCUCAAAGGAAAGAGAUGUGGACAUUGUCCUGAUCUGAGUACUAGGCACAAUAUCACCCAUCUUUAAAAAACUGUAAACACCCCAAAAUGUAGUGUAGUGUAAUCAGAUUACUUAAAAAAGGUGGGGUGUGUCACACUGACAAUAGAUUAAUUCUAUAAAUUCAGCAAAAUCAUUUUUAUAUUGACAUAGAGCUAAUAAUUAGAAGAUGAUUACUAGUAAAUAUUAUUAGUAAUUUUUAAACUCCCCCUUUUCCUUUUAAAAAUAAAUAGAGAAAUAUUGGAAAUUCAUAAUUUCAUCAUAAUUUGAUUGCUCCAAAAGUAGAAUACAAGGACUCAAAAAGGCAAACAAAUCCUAAUCCAUGAACAAGAAACAGUUCAUUAAAACAAACCUGACACUGUGAAAUCUAUUUACAAACACAAAAUUGAAAAACAAAAAGGAGGUUUCUUACAAUGCUGAAGCUGCCAUUUUAAAGACAGCUUCUUUUUAAGUACUUGGCUCAACAUGCAAAAUAUAAAGUACAUAAAUUUAAGAUCUGUAAUCAUCUUAAAAUAAUCGUACAAAUCAAAAAUACAUUGAACCUGAAAAUGAAAAUAAAAGCAAAUCAAAACUAUUUAUAAAAUAUUUAUUAACAAACCCCAAUAUGAUUUAGAAGACUUAACUUAGCCUACUACUCCACUUACUUUAUCAAAUAUUUGACAAAAUACACCCUGGUUCCUUUCUCAGAUUUGUUUUUUUUCCUUUCUUUGUUAAAGAUUGUAUUGUUAUAAAUCUGCUGAGUUAUAUUGUGCCUUAAGGUAACUGUGCCCUCAUAUAUACAGAUAGUAUCUGAAUUAGGGUAACACAGUGGUUACAACAGAUGACUCAUAAUUUCAGAAUCCUUGUGUUCUUUCCAUAGUAUACAUAUUAUUGCAUGUCACAGCAAUGCAUGAGUGGAUCCCAAUUAAAAGAAUGUGUGCACCAUCAGAAAUGGUUAAUCAUAAUUCAACAGGAGUAUAAGUCCUGAGAGGGACUUAAAACAAAUGACAGACAAAUGUGACAAGCAUAAUAAAAUGUGUUAAUCUGCCUUA